AUGUCUGGAGAUCGGCUCCUUGCCUUGUACCAGAACUGCACUAAGCUGGCAGCUGAGAAUAAAAUCAAUCAGAAGAACACAUGGGAUCUUGAUCUUAUUGAUCACAUACGCCUUGGUAUUAUACUAAUCAAUAUCCUGCCAUCAUCCAUCGUGCUACAGGCUAGCUGCACACUGGAGGCUGGCGUGAAGAUUUAUUCGUACCGAGUCGACUCCAUCCAUUCCGAGACAUACAAAGUGCUCAGUGGCCUGACGCGGGCAGGCGAUACACGAGAAGAUGAAGGAGUUGACCAGGAAGAAGGCAACGGCAGCCGACGAGAGUCUCAGAAGAAGGUAACACGAACUUCCCUAUCAUUGCCUGCGACAUCGAGCACAUUGGAGGAUAAUCUUGACCAGAUCAACGUCAAGAAGCUGGAGCGUGCCAUUGUCACGGACCCGCUUUUCACAAAAACAUCUGGUCAAUUCGACGAGGGCGGUGCAAGCGGCCUGCUCCUGUACAAUCUCCCCGUGUUCAACGGGUGCGAGAUCAUGUUCGAUUCAGAAGCCAUCAUCGUGGACCCUUCUCGCACGCAGCCGGAGGAACAGGGGAAGGAGUACGUGGAUAUCUCCUUUGCAUCUCGCGAAGUGGAGCUCCUACUGAGCGCGGAUGACCCUGAGAGCUGGGAAAUCACUCCGUCCAUCUCUGCUCUCUACGAGCUGGCUGAAGAUCACCGCUGGAAGGCAGCUGUUGGCGCCAGUGCCAAGGAUUCCUCUCAUGACAUGGAUGGGAAUGCUGUUAGAAGCGCGGAGGGAUUCAAGGCGUUUGAUGCGGGAGAUGAGCCAGUGGGUGGGGUGGGGGAAGGGUUUUCGUUUGGAGAUGAUAAUGACGAUGGCUCUGUGGUCGAUUUUGGCGGUGGUGGAGAAGAUGGGUGGAAUGAUGAUGGGUGUGGGUUCGCUGGCCCGCCGUUUGCUGGUGCUGAUGCUCCUGGGAUGAUCCCGGCAGGGGAUUCUGAUGGGGAGAACGGAUAUUCGGAUGUUGAUGAUGGUAUGAACGCUGCGGAUUGGCUGGCAGCAGGCAUGGGCAUGUCGAGGCUCAAGGGGAGCAAUGCGUGGGCUGGCCCUAAGCACUGGCACUUUGUUAAGUCCAAGGAGGAGGCGCCUGCAGCAGCUGCUGAGACGAAGGGGAGGAAGAAGAGGGCAGCAAAGUCAGAGCUGAUUGAUUUCUCAGACCCUCAGAUUGACGAGUCCUUGUUUCAAGCCCCUAAAGCGCUGAAGGAAAUCCAGUUGACCAGGGCUGGUCGCAAGGUGGUCAAUACCUUGCUUCCGAAGGACUACCAUUACGAUGGGCGCAAGUUGGCAACGGUUUUUAUAAGCUUGGAUUGGAGCUUCUUGGCUAGAAAGGCCAGGAGCCGAGGUGGGGUGAAGCAAGGGUUUGAGGAUGGAGGCGGUGGGGAUGGGUUUGCAGCGGUUGGUGGCGGUGAAGACGUUUUUGAGGACGCGUGGGGAGGGGACGAGUGUGCUGAUCCGUUUGAUUAUGGGGACGACUUUCAUGGGCAAGGGGAUUCUGCAGAGGUCAAGCCAGUGGAUGAUUUCAUGGAUGAUCUGGUUCCCAUGCCAAAGAAGGCACAGAAGAUUGAUGUCAACUAUGCUAGACAGUCAAAGCAGGUAGAUGUGAAGAUUCUGAAAGACACUAUCUGGGUGGAGCUGCAACGGCGCCAUGCCUAUGAGAGGGAGGAACAGCAGGACGAGGAUGGAUCCUCCUCCGGCCCGAUCAGCUUCGAUCGAGGCGGCAGCACGCCUGGCCGUCUGAAGCUGUUCACGCGACGCCCGAAGAAGGCGCGAGAAACGUCAGGAGCUGCAGCCAGAGCUCCCCCAGACCUCCCCGCGCGCUCCUCCCCCUGGGGCAUCUUCUCCCUCUUCUCCUCCCCCGCAUCUCCGCCAACGCCCCUAUCUGGGCAAGGACCCAGAUCCGCGGGAGCUUCCCCCGGGUCAGCAGCUGGGGGAGCUCCCCGCCCCCCACUGCUGUACCGCAUGCGAGGGGCGUUCAGUUUCCUGCUCGCGCUCAACCUCGUGCUGGGAGGUACGUAG